UGAACAGUGAAAGUGUGCUCUAGUCGACGAAAGCGUAACAGUGGAUAGACAUACGCUUCAUUGAAGGAUUGGAUGUCGAAUCCGGAGAGGUACGAGCGUAGCAGAGAUGUGCGAGGCAUGGAUGAUCGGGCGCAGGAUGACCGAGAGCGGGAUGACCGUGCCGAGGAUCGUGAUCGUGGCGAUCGAAGACGAGGACCGAUAUGCUUUAAUUGCAACGAGAUAGGGCACUAUGGUAAUCAGUGCCCGCGGCCUAGGAGGUAUGGGGGCAUGGCGCGCCCGUCAACAUCCACGGAUUCCCUGAGGUCAAGGUCCCCACGACGCGGGGAUUGGAGACGGGAACCAGCCGCGCAGCUGGAUCGGGGGGUGACCCAGCAAAUCAGUGAGCUGGGUAGGAGUGUCGCGGCAAUGAAGCAACACUUCGAGGAGGAAUGGAUGCGUGAGGAGAAUCGUUUAAGGCGGAAGCAGGAAAAGGAGGAGGAGAAGCGACGAGAAGAGGAGAUGCGGAUCCGUGAAGAGGAGGAAAGGGUUAUCCAAGAAAAGAAGGCUAGGAAGAAGAAGGAAAGACGAAGGAAGGAAGCGGAGAGCCGCACGGAAUUGAAGAAGGAUUUGAGUAUGCAAAUGGUGAUGCAGCUUAGCGAGUUGGAGGAUAAGUUUGGGCAUCGCAUGAAGCAAGCGAUAACCGGGACAGGUAAGCUGCCUAACGAAAAGGGUAAGGAGGUGAAGCGUGGGCCGGCGUGCAGCGGUAGUGGCAGUGAAAGCGAGGCGAGUAUCACCCAGGACUUGAGUGCGAGAACCACCGACUUGGUUAUUUCUGAGAAGCGUAAGCGAGGUCCGGACAGAGUUAUUGGGAAUAGUCCUCCGAUGGAAUCACCAGCAAAACGGACACCAAAAUCAAGACGGAAGCAGGCAACAUUUACUAGAAGACUGACGCGAGCACGAGCAAAGAUGGUGAAGUCGCCUGGAUCAGCGAAACGGAAGACUCCGGUGCGCACUCCUCUGUUGGCACGUAAGAAGAAGGUGACGCCGCUUGACACUGGGAUCGGAACUCCGGACUUGAAGGGAUCGUUGGCGCGUUACAAGUACCGCAACAUAAUGAUGCAGGAGCUGAAGCUGCUGGACGCCAGUGAACUGCAGCGUAUUUGCCGGGAGGAAGGGGUGCCGUACGAUGGUAAGGUGGAUGAGAUAUUUGAUAUCACUGACCAUCGCACGUACCUGAAGUUGGAGAUCGAGGAGGUACCUGAGCUGCAACCCGAAGCCAUCAAUAUUGAAGACUCGGAAGUUGUCGGACCGAAUGAAGGGAGCGAUGCAAUAAACAAAUGGGACCUACGAGUGCCUCAGCUGUGGGUUGUCUGUUGAUUUCUUGCAAAGUGGCGGUGUAGCACUGAUCAGCUUGAUAGUCGGAUUGAUGCCCUGUUUGUAACUGUAUUUCUGCUUUUAGC